AUGCUGCGUCUACUUUCUGCCAGUGUGGUGAGCUGCCUGCUGUGUGCAGUCGCAGGGGAGGAGACCCAAUCUGGAAACUUGCGUGGAAGCCACAGGGAGGAGAGCGAAAGCGGCGAGGUGGACAACCGUGAUUACGAACAGUGUGGUAUUCUCGGCGGUCCGCUUAGGCAUGGCCGCCGAGCGCGCAUCGUGCACGGCAAAGAUGCCGAUCAGUGUGCCUGGCGGUGGCAAGUGAGCAUCAGAAGUGCUCGGUCAGACGGCGGGGCGACUGCCUUUUGUGGAGGGACCCUGAUUUCACCUGGCUGGGUGCUAACAGCAGCGCAUUGUGUUAAGCAGAUGAACGUCUGCAAAAUGCGAAAGCUGCGAAUAGUUGCAGGGGACUGGAAGCAGUACUCGGAUGAUGAAGCAGUCAAGGGUCAAUCAAUCGAGCGUCGCAUCAAGAGAGUGUUCUCCCAUCCGCACUAUGACGAUGCUGCUGAUUCAGAUUUUGAUGUGGCUUUGGUGGAGCUUGACAAACCCUUUCCAAUCAACGAGUGCAUCGGUGUUGCAUGCCUGCCUGCGAUGGACGACCACACAGACCUGGCUGGAAUGGAAUGCAGCAUCACUGGCUGGGGUACCCUAAUGUCGUCAGGGCCCAUGCCUGAAGUGCUGCAGCAGGCACCCGUCACGUUGCUGAGCAAUGCAGAAUGCCAGGCGGAUUAUGCAAGCCGCAACGAGACCAUCACUGCUUCGAUGAUGUGUGCUGCUGGAAACUCUGAGAAGGGUAUCACGGACACCUGCCAGGGUGACAGCGGGGGGCCUUUGGUUUGCGAGGCAUCCGGCCGCUAUAUUCUGCAGGGUGUUACGUCUUGGGGUGAUGGCUGCGCUCUGGAAGGCUAUCCAGGAGUGUAUGCGCGGGUCUCCUCAGUUCUAGGAUGGAUCCACGACGUGAUGGAUGGCAAAGUGGAAGCAUCUGACACAAGCGAUGAAACAUCGCCCACACUUGCUUUCCCUGGGCAUGCUAUAUGGACGGUGCUAAGCGGCUCUUGUCGUGUGGACGAGUCAGACUGCCUGGUCAGCCCUGGAUACCCUGGAAACUACAGCAAUAAGGAGGAAUGCACAGUCGCGGUGAACGCCUCAGCAGCAGUGCCCAUCCAUGUGGAUGAAUUUUCCACGGAGGCCGGCUAUGAUAGCCUGCUUGUCAACUGCAAGGCCUACUCGGGUUCUGCGGGUCCUGAAGCAGUGGUUCCUGACACCACCGUUUACUGGUAUUCAGACGGUUCGGUUGUCAGCAACGGCUGGAAGAUAUGCCCCAGUGCUGAGACUGCUGAGACUGCUCAGUCUGCUGAGACUGAGAUACAUCCAUAG